CAUUCACUCCUGGGCAAUGUUUUAUACUGAAAGGUAAAGAUGCGAAUUCACACUGCGCCUCGUGCAACAGUGAGCGGCUCCACGUGCCGGCAGGCUGUCUUCUCAGCCGGUGUGAACUGCUUCAUGUGAUGUGAACGUUUCAUUGAGCAGCUGAUGACUGUGUGUGCAGGCUUUAAGGCAGAAUGGUAACAUCUGUUCCCGUUCCAGUAUCUCAAGUGGGCGGAAAGUGAGGACAAGUCGCCACCAUGCGAUGUGUGUAAGGGACCAGUGGGGGUGUUGUGGCCCCAGGCGGGAUGCUGCUGACGACCAGUCAGUAUGACUCUGCUGGACUUGUGGCUGUCGCGCUCUAUCCCCAUGUGCCUGCUCCUUCAGAGCCUUGUCCUCAUGGCCCUGUGCUUCCCCUCGGCCAGCAUGUGUCCAAAGGGCUGCAUGUGCCACCGCGACCCCCACCUCCACGGCCUCAAUGUUUCCUGCAGUCAGUCCCGUCUCAAAGAGAUCCCCCCCAGCCUCCCGUUCGACACUGUCCUGCUGAGGCUGGACCACAACCAGAUAGGCGCCGUGCCGGAUCAAGCUUUCCAUGGACUCAGGCUUUUGAGGGAGCUCAACCUUUCUUACAACGCAGUGGAGACUUUAGGGGAAGGCGCCUUCAGUGGCAUAGAGUCAACUUUACAGGUGCUGGACCUCUCCCACAACCGCAUCACUAGCGUACACAAGGAUGCCUUUGCUCGGCUCAAAGCACGCGUCAUUGUGGAUGAUAACCCCUGGCAUUGUGACUGUGCUCUCCAGCAGGCCAUUGGUGGAAUGGCGCACAACCAUGAGGCUGCUGCCCGGGUCCUGUGCAGGAGCUCGGAGCUUCGUGACCAGGAGGGACGACCUUUCUUGGCCGUAGACACUGACCUCUGUAGCCUGGCCAAAAGGACGACAGACUACGCUAUGCUGGUGACCAUGUUUGGUUGGUUUGCUAUGGUCAUUUCAUACGUGGUAUAUUACGUCCGUCAGAACCAGGAGGAUGCCCGACGUCACCUGGAGUACCUCAAGUCUCUCCCCAGCAAGCCCAAGAUACCGGACGCGGCUGACGACAUUAGCACUGUUGUCUGACAGCAGUGUCAAGAGACUGUCCUAAAAUAACCCAAUGAACAACAAAAUGUGUAUGUAACAGGACCCAUAUUUGUAGAGUUUACUAAUUCAAACUUUUAGCUGAUGUGAGCAUUAGAUCUGCUGAGAUGUCUUUGUACUUUUGGAAUUUUGUUGUUUUUCCAUACUGAGAUUUGUUCCGGCUGGUCUGAGAUGUGAAACGAUGUGAAGGGAGACAGAAAGUCUAACACUAACAUAGAUUUUUCUACAAAACUGCAUUGGGAGUUUUGGACAUUUUAAUCUCAGGUUUGAAUAUGAAACGAUAGUAAUGGGUUUUUUUUAAACACAAUUUGGAAUAGCUUAUAAUAAAAAUAAAUAUAUUUGUAAGACCUUGAA